GUUUUUGUUUUUGUUUUGGGUGGAGGGGGAUUAGGAUGUUGGAACUCUAUGGCUAUACAAUUUCUAAAUUUCUUGGGAGUUGCAAACUUUGCAUAUUAUUUUUGAUGUUCUCUCUUUCUCUCUCUUAAACUUGUUUCUCAUACAAGCACCCAGAUUGCGGGUUCAGUUGGACAUAUCUAUUCUUUAGUGUGGAUACUUUUUUGUGUCCUACAAAUUAAUUUUUAUUUUGAUAAUCCAGAGGACUGACAACCAAUAUAAUACAUUUUUUGUCACAAAACAGGGAAAUUUUUGUACAAGAAGUGCAAGCAUAAUUAGAGGAAUUCAGCUAAUCAAGGAUGAAUCCGUCGAAAAUCAAACGUCGGGUGGGCAAAUAUGAAGUGGGAAGGACUAUUGGCGAAGGGACAUUCGCAAAAGUGAAGCUUGCAAGAAAUUCUGAGACGGGAGAACAUGUGGCUCUCAAAAUCCUUGACAAGGACAAGGUUCUUAAACACAAAAUGGCUGAACAGAUAAAGCGGGAAGUAGCUACAAUGAAGUUGAUAAAGCAUCCAAAUGUCGUUCGCUUGUAUGAGGUAAUGGGGAGCAAGACCAAGAUAUAUAUCAUUUUAGAGUAUGUCACUGGGGGAGAGCUCUUUGACAAAAUUGUAAGCCACUGA